AUGAAUCCACCACGUCGUUCCAAAUCACUCUAUUGCAGCCUGGUAAAGAAAAGCAAGCUUAAGGCUAAUACCUAUGUUCACAUUCCAGGCCAAUCCGAACGAAAACGCAAGCUAGCAGAGAGAUUGGAAACGCUUCUCAAACACGCUGCCUCGCUUGUCGACAAAACAGCCAUAGAAGCUGUACUGAAAGAUCACGAAGAUGAUACCGCCACGAUGCAGGACACAGGGAUGAGUGAGAUGAAUGUGGAGGACCCUUCAGACGCUCUGCAUAUGCCGGUGGAUGUGAUGAUUAGCUGUGGAGAAGCGGUAGUUGAUGAUUUGAGGGUUGAUGAUUCGAGCAUUGACGAUAUACCUGCCGAUUCCCUCUCAAAAAUUGCGCCAGGUACUCAGCCUGAGGGCAAAAAGCUAGAUACCCGAUGGAAGGAAAUGCUCCCAAGCCUGUUGGAACCUUUUCUUACCUACAGGGAUCAGACAAUUGGAAGCAUAGGGUACCAUUUUGGGGGAUUUAAACCACUGUGCUCAUCGAGCACUUGCCGGACUGACUGA